GGUUUUUCUUUUUCCACGAAGUUGAGGAAAUCAAAUUUUCUUUUAAUUUCUGUGAAUGACAUUGUUUUUUAGAUGUUGUUUGGCUUCUAAAGGUGUAGCACAGGGUUUCAGGUAUUCAACUUUGUCAUAUUUAUCGCGAUCGACGCAGAGGUUUGGAAAAAAUUUGCACGUUAAUUGUUGCCUUGGUUGGACACGUGGAUUGAAGAAAUAUUCAAAGAUGGCGGAUAUGGUUGAAGAAUACGGGAAAAGGGCAAAAAUAGCUGAAGAUCAAAUUGUGAUCUUGAAGAAAAGGCUCGAAUCUCUCAAGUCGAAGGUUGUCCCAGCAGAGCAGAACCCGGAAGAAAAUGCACAAGCCUUGGGUGUGCUAGAAGACCUGGAGACAGAGAACGCCAAGCUUAAAUACCAGAUCAAUCAAUUGAAACRCAGUAUUGAGGAYGAAAAAGUAAAAUCUACAAAGACAAUGACCAACUGCCAGUUUGUAUUGAGUGAAUUGUUUAAGAAUGCCAUUGUCAAUGCUUUUCCAAUGCUGGAAAAUCCACCAGUGAUGGUGCAGGCAUCACAGGCUGAAAGAUUUGGUGAUUAUCAAUGUAACAGUGCAAUGGCACUCAACCAGAUACUAAAGAAUCAAGGCCAAAAUGUAAACCCAAGGAGCAUUGCUGAAGCAAUCGUAGCUAACAUACCUGAGAAUGAUGUUAUAACAAAGGUAGAAAUAGCUGGCCCAGGAUUUAUCAAUGUUCAUUUGAACAAAGAUUUUGUGCAGAAUUUGUUGAAGGAUAUUCUCAUCAAUGGUGUGCACCCACCUGCAGUAACAGUGAAAAGGAGAUGCAUUGUUGACUUUUCUUCACCUAACAUUGCCAAAGAGAUGCAUGUUGGCCAUCUUAGAUCCACAAUCAUUGGUGACAGCAUCUGUCGUCUAUUGGAGUUUGUAGGCCAUGAAGUUUUGAGACUUAACCAUAUUGGUGACUGGGGUACACAGUUUGGAAUGAUUAUUGCACAUCUUCAAGACCGAUUCCCCAACUAUGUAAAAGAGUCACCUCCAAUUAGUGAUUUGCAAGCCUUCUACAAGGAAUCCAAGAAGCGCUUUGAUGAAGAUGAAGAAUUCAAAAAGCGGGCCUAUGAGAGGGUAGUUCAGCUCCAAGGUGGUGACCCAGACGUCAGGACAGCUUGGAAGUUAAUCUGUGAUGUCUCAAGAAAAGAGUUUGCCAAGAUCUACGAGCGGCUUGAUGUAUUUCUGAUUGAAAGAGGAGAAUCAUUUUACCAGGAAAUGAUGGCUGAUGUUGUGCAGCUGUUGGAAAACAAAGGUCAAGUUGUGACUGAGGAUGGUCGUAAAGUAGUGUUUGUUAAGGGUCAMAAAGUACCACUGACUAUAGUCAAGUCCGAUGGAGGCUACACAUAUGAUACCUCAGAUAUGUGUGCUUUGAAACAAAGGGUAGAAGAUGAGAGAGGAGAAUGGAUGAUCUAUGUUACAGAUGCUGGACAGUCAUCUCAUUUUGAACUGAUUUUUGGUGCAAGUCGAGAAGCAGGGAUAUAUGACCCCAGGAGAGUCCGUGUUGACCAUGUUGGAUUUGGUGUAGUACUGGGAGAAGACAAGAAAAAGUUCAAGACUCGAUCAGGAGAGACAAUCCGCUUGAUUGAUCUGUUGGAUGAGGGAAUACGAAGAUCAGAGGAAAAACUAAAAGAGAAAGGACGAGACCAGGUUCUUAGCAAGGAAGAAUUGAAGGCAGCCAGCGAAGCAGUUGCUUAUGGAUGCAUUAAAUAUGCUGAUCUCUCACACAACCGAGUCAAUGACUAUGUUUUUUCAUUCGACAAGAUGCUUGAUGACAAAGGCAAUACGGCUGUGUAUCUACUGUAUGCACUAACCAGAAUCAGAUCAAUUCAGCGUAACGCUAACGUAGAUCAGGCAACACUCGAAGCAAGCUUCGCCACAACUCCAGUCAGCCUCGAACACCCAAAAGAAUGGAAACUUGGCAAGUGCAUAAGUCGAUUUCCAGAAAUCCUGUCUCGUAUUCUUGACGAUCUCUUGAUGCACUCACUGUGUGAAUACCUUUACGAGCUUGCGACCACAACUACCGAGUUUUACGACAGUUGUUACUGCAUCGAGAAGAAUAGAGAAACUGGUGARAUUAUCAAGGUCAAUAUGGAUCGACUAUUACUCCUGGAAGCAACAGCCAGGAUCAUGGAGACGGCCUUCCGUAUCCUGGGAAUAAAAACACUCGGGAAAAUGUAAUAUUCUAGGCUUAUAGUCGUAUUUAGAAUUAGGAGAAUUGAAGCAGAUUCGAAGAACCAAAGUAAUCAUGGAUCGACUUCAUUACUUCUGGAAGCAACUGCCAGGAUCAUGGAGACUGCAUUCSGCCUGGGAAUCAAAACACUCGGGAAAAUGUAAUAUUCUAGGCUUAUAGUCGUAUUUAGAAUUUUGAGAAUUGAAGCAGAAUCGAAGAAUUAAAGUAAUAAAGAAUGCCCAGAAUUUUUC